UACGUCCCAUUGCUCUGUGUACUGGCAUUAUGUCUGGUCAAAAUUCGUCAAGUCAAAAUGUUAUUUGUAUUUUAGAUAACAGUGCACUUCACCAUUCAUACAUUUUCGUUCAGUGACAACUGUCAAAUUCACUAUCCAUCUCUCUGCUACACCCAUGUCUGCGAUAUGGGUAGUCUUGUUAAUUGCUGUACUUGCUCUUUGUAUUUAACGUCGAAAAAUCUGACGUAUUCUAAAAUUGACAUGUCUCAUGGACGGAAGGGAUCUAAAUAAUGAUUGUUGUCAUAGAAUGUAACAUUAAAAUUGCAGCUUUAUGUAACCCUUUGCAAUUAGUCUAAUUUAGGCCGAAGCACACGAGCAAUUUUGUGUGGCUGGGAUCGACAAUUAUGCUACGUUUUACAUAUAACCCCAUAUUCACCACGGAUUAAUCCUUUGGAAACGCAGCGUUAUUGUCGGUUUCAGCAAUUCAGCAAUUCGACCUUAUGUAAGACACUUAAUUGCUCAUUUUAAAUGAUAUUCGGUACCAUUCAGAAAAGUGCAUUGCUAAUUACAGUUUAUGCAAAAAAAAAAAAUUGUUCGCUUAAAAAAUGCAAUGUUCACGUAGACAUGUUACAUUGUAGCACGACCGUGAACUAUGCGAAAAAAGUACCAGUCACCAGUGUUUCCGAACUGUUUCAAUACUAUCUGCCGCUUUUAUUUAAUAAGAUUAAUGGUGUCAGCCCUGAACCUACUUCCUCCGAAUCAGUGUGAUUUCUUGUAAUGAAAGAGUGGUUAAGAGUAGAACAUUGGACUACUUACAUUGUACACCUGACAUUGCAAUACAUACAGACAACUAUCUAACUUUGAAUUAAGUCUUUUACAUAGUCUAGCCAAGUGAACAGUUAAUUUUAUACGAGCGACCGUAAUAACUAUCAACUCACAGCUGCUACUAGUCGAAUUUAAAGUUGUUUUAGUAUCUUGGCUCAAUGACUAAAUGUAUGCCGUUGGAGCAGACCCAACAUUAUAGUUAAAUUAAAGUUAAUUUCAAAGUAAACUGAAAUUCUUAAAGUAAUCAUAUGCAGAAAGGUCGAUUUGUUUUCAGUGUUUCCAAUGAACAUUUCUGUAUUUUCAGUUAAAUUAUGUAAACCGAUGGUAGAAUGGAAAUAUUUAUUUAAACGAAAAAAUCGUAUGCUCAGAUAUGGUCUCGUCGGUAUAGAGAAGAAGAAUGUGGUUACAUGGACAUAUGGACAAAUUUUUUUCCGAUACUAAAGAAUUCGACCUUUGAUAGUAUCACCUUUUUAUAUGAUUUGCAUCUCGACUUUGAGAUUAAUUUUCGCCACAUGGAUGUACCUAUACUGAAACUGAACCGGUCGGAGUGUUGUUUUUUUGUGGUGUGCAAUCUACUUCCAGUCGUUGUUCUUUUGCCUAAACGUUUGCGAUCUCAACUUACGUGUUGAGCUGGCCAUAUAACCCCGUUCGAGUAGAAUUUGCGCGAUUUGCUAAUUUUAUACGCCCUAUAAGCAUACUGUUACGGCAUUUGGUAGCUAGUGUUGGCCUGUGUAAAGUUAAAUAAAUUGAAUGAGUUUAGCCAUUUGGUUUCGAGAAAUCAGGUCAAUUCAUGCAAUCUGCGAAUCUUUCUAGAUUUUCUAAGGAUUUAUCUUUUCGUUACAGUUUGUUCACCUUAAGAAAACACAAUUUUAGAAUUAUCAGAGUUUUAAGAUGGCCUCACAGUCAUCCGUUUUCACUUCAUGUACAUGAAAGAUGACACUUCAAUCAAUAUGUUCAUUAUGUCGAUGAAAAAAUGCUAAUAGGCCCUAUGUCGGAUCCGUCCAAUUUACUCAAUAAGACGUAAGUCCGGGAAACUGCACCUUCUUUAUCAUUUAUCGAUUUACAGUCUUCCUCGAUUAUUUUAAAAAUCUUAGUAGCCUGUGAUAUUCGGCCGACAGCCAACUGUUAAACAGAAUAUCUUGAUAUGUGAUUCAAUCAUUUAAUUGUAAUAAAAAAUGGAAAUGAAAUUUGAAAACUCAGAAUUUGAAGUGUUGAUGGAAUUCGAAAUUGAUAAUUUAAAUUCUAUUUUGUGUACAAAUCAAGUUAUCAAUGAGAAGCAAGAAUUAAGUCAAUGUAAAAUUUCAUAUAAAUAAGUAAAUAGAAUCGACUUUUGCGAAUCAGAUUUUUCAUUUUCAGUUGACGAAGAGUUCGAAGAGAUAAUUGAUUUGGACAAAUUUUUUUCAUUUGAUAACGCGUCCCCAAUUUUCGAAACCCAAAAUGAUGCGAUCUCUGACGCCGAAGCUGCAAUAAUUGAGGAAAUCGGUGCGCCCAAAUGUUAGAUUUCCAUAAACAUGUUGACUGCAGAUGCAGAUCUAUGAAUCAUUUACAUUCUAGGUAUCAAUGCUUUGGAUCAUUCGACAUUAGAGAUUAUUGAUAUAGACGACAACGACACUUUCGGUCCAAAUGACAUAGUGCGCGCUGUGAAAGUAAAAGAGUUAAGCAAAAGGGACAGUGCUCGUGUUCAACGCGAGAAAGGUGAAGCGUAUUUGGGAUACUCUCGGAUGGGUUCCAAAGUUUUACACAAUUCUUAUCGGUAAGCUCGGCGACAAGGACCUCGAUGUACUUCUAAAUUUUGUGUACGAAGCUCUCUUCGUCAAUGUAAUCUUUUUGACGAAAAGGACAGAAAAGAACUGUUCGAUAAUUUUUGGCGAAUGAAUUGGGACCAAAAACAAAUGUACAUUUGUCAACUGGUCAAGGACGUUUCCAUAAAAGAACGUAAGGUCGAUGAGGAAUCAUCACGAAGAAAACGUUCUAAGCAAUAUUUCUUGAUAACAGCGGAUGAACGGCAUGUUCAAGUGUGCAUUAAAAUGUUUUUGAACACAUUCGGCUUGAAGGAAAAGAUGGUGAGAGAAUGGUUGAAGCAUAAGGGCACUUAUGGUCUCCGUGAAAAUCCGCUAACAGUUCAAAAGCGCAUAAACACAAAACGGCAACAAUCUGACAGCAAUCAAGCUCUACUCAACAGAAAAAUCGGGCUUCUGACUUUUUUGAUGGACUAUCCUAAGGUAGACUCGCACUAUUGCCGAAAAGACACCGGAAAAGAAUAUCUACAGACGUCGCAUAAAACACUAAUUGACCUGUACAAAGACUAUGUUGACAUCUGCAAUCACGAGAAUUCGAUUUCAUUAUCAUUCCCUGUCUUUAGCGGAACUAUGAAAAAUUUGAAUUAUUCUCUGUUCAAACCGCGCAAGGACCAGUGUGACACAUGUAUUGGGUUUAAGGUGGGAACAUUGAAUGCUAAUGAAUUUGCUGAACAUCGAAGAAACGUUGACCGAGCUAGUCAGGAAAAAAAAAUGACUUGAAUGCCGCAGCUAUGAAACUGUUCACUCUUUUAUGUAUGGAUGCUGAGGGCGUUGUGUUGUGUCCGAAAUUAUUGGCGAGUGCCCUGUAUUUCAAAUCGAAGCUUCAACUGCACAAUUUUACUAUCUACGAUAUAUUGACUCACGACUCAACAAAUUAUGUCUGGGAUGAAACCGAGAGCGACCUGCAAUCAUCUACAUUUGUUAGCAUAAUCAUUCAUCAUUUGGAGAAACGUCUUCAGUCUGGACCUCUUCCGAUAACAGUUUAUUCUGAUGGAUGCGGUUAUCAGAAUCGCAAUGUUGUAAUGGCGAAUGCGCUUCGAUUGUUGGCGAUAAAAUAUUCCCGAUCGAUUACUCAGAAGUUUUUGGAAGUUGGUCACACUCACAUGGAGUGUGAUUCUACGCAUGCGUGUAUUGAACGAAGAUCAAAAGGAAUGACGUUCAACUUACCAUCUGACUUUGAAACAGCCAUUUCAACGGCGCGUGACAAACCAUCACCAUUCAUUGUUGAGCAUUUGACACAUAAAUUCUUCCGGAAUUACGAUGACCCAAACUACUUGACAUUGAAAUCGAUUCGUCCAGGUAAAAAAGCGGGCGACCCUAAGGUCACUGAUAUCCGGGCCCUUCGAUACGAUCCAGAUGGAAAGAUUUUCUAUAAACUUCAUUUUGAUGACGAGUUUAAAGUGCUACCACAAGCCUUCAACAAGCAAAACAUUUCGGUGCCGACCAAUUUGCACAAAGACCGACUGGCAAUAAGUGCGACCAAGUGGAAGCACCUGCAGGAGCUUAAAUCUGUUAUUGACGCGAAAAGCCAUUCUUUUUAUGAUAACAUUCCCCACCGCGUUGGCGAAGAAAAAAUUACAUCAGAGAACGACAAACUGAAAAAAGUAAUGGCGAACAUUAAUCUCGUCGAAGCCACAUCAACUAAUAAAAAUGUGAAGCCGAAAGUAGUUCGAGAAAAUGCAAAGAGAAAAGUUGUACGAAAAAAUACAAAAAAUUAAAUAAUUCUAACUUCGACACAUUGUCAAUGAAAUUCACUUGAAUAAAACAAUAUUAAACUUACGCAUUUCUGCUUAUUGAAGAAUUCCAUGGAGGAAUCUUGAACCUCAAAAUUACUGAGAUGAAUUGACGAAAUCAACUGUGGUUAUGUUUUGAAAAUAUGACAAUAAUGACAUUUGCAUUGAAAGGUAAAGAAGGUGGCAAAAUUUUAAAUUAUGAUAACGCAGUUGCUAAUUUGAGAUACGGCCUGUUCGCAGAAAACCAUUUACGUCUUAUUUCCAUUUUUCCAUCGAUGUGCUUGUUUGAAUUGUCAACUGUCACGUGGACAGUGUAAGGAUGACUGUGAAUGUUGUGAAUUCCGACUUAAAAGUUGUAGAUGUUGCCUGUAAAUUUAUUGAUUUUUAGUCUGAAUUCGCAGUCAUUUCGUUUUGUGUCCGUUUUCAUUCUGUUUUCCCUCCGUGUAUAUGACAGUUGGCAUUAGGUACAAUAGAGCACAUUGUUUGAUAUGACAACUGUCACGUACACGGAGGCAAAACGGAAUGAAAACCGAGACAACACGGAAUGUAAACGGACGACUCUGACGCCACC